AACUCGGAUUUCAUUAAAGCCGCAGCUCAGCGGUAUCUAGGAUUCUGGCUGGGAUGGGCGAUUCAGUGGAUCAGCGGUGGGUUCCUUUGAGUGAUGGGAACAGCAUCCCAAUCCUGGGGUUGGGCACCUGCUCCCUGGAUAAGCCUAUUAAAGGUGAGACGGUGAAAGCUGUGAAGGCUGGUAUUGAAAUUGGAUACCGUCACUUUGAUGGAGCCUUCAUGUACGGCAACGAGGAUGAAGUUGGCGAAGCCAUUCGAGCAAAGAUCGCUGAUGGGACAGUGAAGCGGGAAGACAUCUUUUACACAAGCAAGUUAUGGAUGACCUACCUCUCUCCUGCUUUGGUCCGGAAAGGCCUUGAACACACGUUGAAAAGCCUGAAGUUGGAUUACAUUGACCUAUAUCUUAUCCACUGGCCUACGGGGUUAAAGCCAAGUGAAGAUGUGCUGUUUCCUGAGGAUGCAAGUGGAAAGAUUCUACAGAGUGACGUGGAUUUCUGUGAAACCUGGGCGGUGAUGGAAUCCUGCAAAGAUGCUGGUUUAGUGCGAUCUAUCGGAGUGUCCAACUUUAACCACAAACAGUUGGAAAUGCUGCUCAGGAUGCCCAAGCUGAAAUACAAGCCAGUGUGUAACCAGGUUGAAUGUCACCCGUACUUGAACCAGAAUAAACUGCUGCAAUACUGUAAAUCCAACAAUAUUGUUCUUGUGGCCUACAGUCCGUUGGGAUCAUCGCAAGAUCCUAAGUGGUUCGACCCAAAUAAUCCCAUUGUUUUGAAUGAUCCUGAGCUGAGAAAAAUUGGUGAGAAACACAACAAAACAGCAGCUCAAAUAACUCUCCGUUAUCAGAUACAGCGUGACAUUGUCGUUAUUCCAAAGAGUUUCAAUCUUGGACGGAUGAAGCAGAACAAAGAGAUCUUUGAUUUCCAGCUGAGUGCUGAAGAAGUGAAAGCUAUUGAUGGAAUAAACAAAAACUGCCGAUACAUAACUUUGAAACAGUUGAUUGACCACCCUAAAUAUCCAUUCCAUGAUGAAUAUUAAUACGAUCUGCAAGUAAUGGGAUGUUUCAGUGAUGCAACGAUACUAUGUGGAUAUGUCAAGAGCAAAUCUUAAAUACCCUGAAGAAAAUGUUUUGAUAAAGAUCAAUAAAGUCUGAGUAUUGUUAGAAA